UCUGUUGGCUGUGAUUAUGAGAUAAAUUCCAACGCAACUGAAGAUCAGUGUGGAGUCUGCCUGGGAGACGGCUCUGCUUGUCGUACAGUGAAGAUGACAUUUAAUCAAAGUGAAGGAUUUGGAUACGUUGAUAUUGGGCUAAUUCCGAAAGGUGCGAGGGGAAUCAAAGUCAUGGAAGUUGCAGAAGCAGGAAAUUUCCUUGCUGUGCGAAGCAAAGACCCAGAAAAAUAUUACCUGAAUGGAGGGUUUAUCAUCCAGUGGAAUGGUGAAUACAAAGUGGCAGGCACGAUAUUUCAGUAUGACAGAUCGGGGGAUCUAGAAAAUCUGACUGCUCCAGGACCCACCAAUGAAUCAAUAUGGAUCCAGCUACUUUUUCAAGAAACUAACCCUGGAAUCAAGUAUGAAUAUACUGUACGUAAAGAAGAAAGUAAUGAGAAUGAGAUUGGAGAGCCGGAGUAUUUUUGGCAGUAUGGAGACUGGACAGCCUGCAGUGUUACGUGUGGAAGAGGGGUGCGGCGCCAGAUUGCUCACUGCAUGCGGAAGGGAAGCGGAGCAAUCAAAAACUCCUUCUGCGACCCAGCAACACAGCCAAACGGGCGACAAAAGAAAUGCUACGAAAAGGACUGUCCGCCCAGAUGGUGGGCAGGAGAAUGGCAGAAAUGUUCGACCACGUGUGGCCCAACAGGCCAGAAGAAGCGAACUGUUCUUUGCAUCCAGACAGUGGGAUCUGAUGAGCAGGCGCUGGCUGUCACAGAGUGCCAGCACCUGCUUAAACCAAAGACCCAUCUGUCAUGCAACAGAGAUGUCUUGUGCCCGUCUGACUGGACAGUGAGCAACUGGACUGAGUGCACGGUUACUUGUGGUGGUGGAAUAAGGACUCGUAAUGUCACUUGUGCCAAAAAUAAUGAUGAGCCAUGUGAUACUUCCAAGAGACCAAACUCUAAGGCCCUGUGUGGUCUCCAGCAAUGUCCUUCUGCUGGAAUAUUUCUGAUACCCCCACUGGCACCCAGAAGAGGAAAGAUUAUAAUCAGAAAAACAAGUACUAAUCCCAAACGGAGUCCUCCUCGCAGAAUACCCAUACCAAGCCCAAGUAGUCCAGAAAUAACUUCCAGCUAUGAUUACUUAACCGAAGAAUCUGAUUACAUUGAUGGGUCAGUUGGAGGCAAUGAGAAACCAACUGAUCUCCUUUACAGCACAAAACUCAAUCCUGAAAUCACAACCAAGAGCACAAGCCUAGAUACCAGCUCUCCUGUCCUUCAAAACGAGAGCAUGACUUCUCAGCGCACCCCUGCAUCUCAUCACCGAGAACCUUCUACACUCCUUCCUGUUAGCAGAGCAACACAAGGACUGGCAUUUCCAACAAGUGCAAACCGUAUCAGCCUGCAAGUUGAUGUGCCUGUUGUAGAAGUAACUACCCAAGAAGCGUCUAUUACAGUAAUGCCCACAGUGUUUGGUCGUGUACCGAGAGACCAGACUGACAACAGAAGAGAAAUGAAGCUACUUGACACCAUAACCUCCAGCACACAAUCGGCAGCUCUCAAGCAUGUUCUCAGAAACCAAAGUGCAAUAUCUGAGGGGGUUUUGACGAAUGUCACACCAAACAGCCACCUAAUAACAUCCAACAAUUUGCCUGGUGAUGCCUACUGGAUAGUAGGCAACUGGAGUGAGUGCUCUACCACCUGUGGAAUGGGGGCUUUCUGGAGACACGUGGAGUGCAGCAGCAGGAACACAUCUCACUGUCAGCACAUGAAAAAGCCUGAUCCUGCAAGAAAAUGUUAUCUCCGCCCAUGCGCUAGCUGGAAAACAGGAAAUUGGAGCAAGUGCUCUGCUAACUGCAACGGCGGUUUCAAGAUCCGGGAUGUUCACUGCAUUGAUGUUCGUGAAAAGCGACUUCUAAGGCCUUUUCAUUGCCAAUUACUCGGAAAUAAACCACAACUCACCGCUAGUUGUAAUGUGGAGCCUUGCUUGCAGUGGCAUGUGGAGCCCUGGAAUGAGUGUUCGAGAACAUGUGGUGGUGGCCAGCAAAAGCGACGUAUCUACUGCCCAAAAGAAGACUACUGUGACUGGACAAAAAGGCCUAAUGCCAUUGCAUCAUGUAACAGGCAACCUUGUACGCAGUGGAUUAACCAGGCAUGGGGCCCGUGCACCGUUUCUUGUGGAGGAGGCAUUCAGGAAAGAACUGUGAAGUGCAUGAACAUAGAAACUAAUGAAACUGAAGAUGACAGUAUGUGUGUGGGUAAACCCAAGCCCACAGAGUAUCAGAAAUGCAAUCUGCAAGAGUGCAGGAAAAGUACAGGGCCACCCUGCAGCAAAGACCAACUGUCCGUUCACUUCUGCCAGAGGCUGAAAGGCAUUGGCAAGUGCUUGCUGCCAUCAAUACAGACUCAGUGCUGCUUCACGUGUAGCCAGCCCCGAAUUCGUAACAAAGCAAGAUACUGGGAUCAGCGAGGCCUCAGACAACAAAAUUAUACUAAAUCUAGAAGAAGAUCACCUCAAAACCAAGAAAACAACAACCAAGCUGCUCAGCACUAG